ACAAGCAGAAUGGAGAACAGAAGUUGGAAAUUGCAAUAGAUAGCCAUGUCUUCGUCCUACUACUUCUCCAUUUCAAAUUCACUUCCUUUCCCACACUCCAUCAACAACAAUAACAAACCCCAAACCCACUCUGUUCUCUUCUCCAAAAUCAUAAAGAAGAGCCUUAUAACCCGUUGCACUUCUUCUUCUUCUUCUUCUUCUACCUUCCACAACAUUCUCCCCAAACGGCUUGCAUUCGCUGCCUCAACUUUACCCGGUGGCGAUUGGUGGACGCUACCCAAACAUCCGGAAGAAGACCGUGCUGAACCCAUGCCCGCAUUGCUUGCUCUCCGACGAAUGUGGGAGCUGGUUGCCGAUCAGCGAUGGGUUGCACUUGUGGCGUUCGUCUCUCUUGUCUUAGCUGCUCUUUCAGAAAUCACCAUGCCAAGUAUAUUAGCAGCAUCAAUAUUUUCAGCACAGAGUGGUGAGACCGUGGCAUUCUCUAGGAAUGCAAUGUUUUUGGUUCUUCUAUGUUUCACUUCAGGGAUAUGCAGUGGUUUGCGAAGUGGUUGCUUUGGAAUUUUGAAUGUAACCUUGGUAAAGCGUCUCCGAGAACACUUGUAUACAGCCAUUCUUUUUCAGGACAUAUCCUAUUUUGAUAAAGAAAAAGUUGGUACCUUGACAAGCAGGCUUGCAGCAGAUUGUCAACGGCUUUCGCAUGUUAUAGGAAAUGAUCUUCAGUUGAUAUUACGCAACACUUUGCAGGGAUCAGGAGCAAUAAUUAAUUUACUGGCUUUAUCUUGGCCUCUAGCAUUAUCCGCAUUGAUGAUUUGUUCUGUGUUAUCUGCAAUUUUCAUGGUUUAUGGCAGGUAUCAAAGAAAAGCCGCAAAGUUAACCCAAGAUUUCACAGCUUGUGCCAACGACGUAGCUCAGGAGACACUUUCUUCGAUAAGAACUGUCCGAGUGUAUGGAACCGGAAAACAAGAAUUUGAAAGGUACGAUCAGUGGCUACAGAAAUUAGCAUUUAUUAGCGGUAGAGAGAGCGUGGGUAAUGGUUUAUGGAACCUGAGCUUUAGUACCCUUUACCGGUCAACUCAGAUAUUUGCAGUGCUUUUAGGAGGAAUGUCUGUUCUCAGUUGUAGUGUCACUGUUGAGCAACUUACUAAGUAUGUAUUAUACUGUGAGUGGUUGAUCUAUGCUACUUGGAGGGUGACAAACAGCUUAUCAUCAUUACUGCAGUCCAUUGGAGCAUCGGAACAAAUUUUCCAGUUGAUGAAUCUUUUGCCCUGUGACCAGUUCUUAACCAAAGGAAUUAAGUUGCAGAAGUUAAUGGGCGAUGUUCAGUUUGUAAAUGUAUCAUUUCAUUAUCCUGCAAGGAGUAUGAUGCCUGUUCUAGAACACUUAAACUUCUCUAUAAAAGCAAAUCAAGUCAUUGCCAUUGUUGGUCUUAGUGGAAGUGGAAAGAGCACAUUAAUCAACCUUUUACUUCGUCUCUAUGAGCCUAGUAGCGGUCAGAUAUCUGUUGAUGGUAUCCCUCUAAAGGAGUUGGAUAUCAGGUGGCUAAGGCAGAACAUCGGAUAUGUUUCACAGGAACCCCAUAUCUUCAACAUGGACAUAAAGUCAAACAUAAAAUAUGGCUGUCCUAGGAACAUAAGUCAAGAAGAUAUUAAACAGGCAGCAAAACUGGCUUAUGCCCAUGACUUUAUUUCUUCACUACCUAAUGGCUAUGAAACCCUUGUUGAUGGUAAUGCCCUUAGCGGAGGACAAAAGCAGCGAAUUGCCAUUGCCAGGGCCAUUCUUAGGGACCCAGUUAUUAUGAUUCUUGACGAACCAACCAGUGCCUUGGAUUCUGAAAGUGAACAUUACAUCAAGGAGGUAUUGUUUACAUUAAAAGACGAAGCUAAAUCAAGAACCAUCGUUAUCAUAGCACAUAGGCUUUCUACUGUAAAAGCUGCUGACAGGAUCAUUGUUAUGGAUAAUGGUCGCAUUAUCGAGACGGGUAACCAUGAAGAACUUAUAGUAAAAAAUGGGCUCUAUGCGAAGUUAAAUAAAAUUCAAGCAGAUAUUUUAACUUGAUUUGAGUUUGGGUGGCUGUGAUUUGGAGUAUCUGAAUAAUGAGGAAUAAAGUCAUUUUCCAGUGUAGCAAAGAAAAGUGUUUGUUGCAGUUGCAUUUGUUGGUAGAGCAGAUAGAAAUUAUUCUUUAGGGCGAUUGUCCAAUUGGAUGUGCCUUGAGAGUUUAUAAUAUGUACUUGACUUGUAUUUGAGUUUAAAAAAAUUGUUCAUCCUCAAAUCAUAUUGCUCAUGUGAGUUGUUGAUUAUGUUACAUUUCUUGUGACACAAGACACAAUCUGUGUCAUUAGCUAAGUAAUACUUCAAAGAGUCGUGUAGGCUUAAAAUAUGGAGAAAAUGAGGAAUAUUGGAGAUCCAAAUAAUGUAUAUCCACCUAUUUUGUUGAUGUUAAAGUAUUAUUUUUCCA